UGCCAGGCUGGGCCAUUAGGGGCGUUCCCGUGGUGCCUUCAGACAGACCGGAGGCUGGUACUGGACGCACACCCUCCGUUGGCCAACAAAACGCAUACACCGAUAAAGUGCACCGCCUGGAUUCUCUGCCCCCAGCCCCGACGCUGCUGACCUCUGCCCAACACACGACAGCAGCUAUGCCUCAACCCAUGCGGCACCGCUCCAUGCGCAUCUUCAUGAACGACGACCGGCACGUGAUGGCCAAGCACUCGGCCAUCUACCCCACGCAGGAGGAGCUGGAGGGUGUGCAGAACAUGGUGUCCCACACCGAGCGCGCCCUCAAGGCCGUCUCCGAUUGGCUGGACGAGCAGGAGAAGUGCGAGCCCAAGCCCGACCCCGACCUCCCCGAGGCAGAGAAAGAGAGCCCCAGUGACCCCCGGGACCUAGUGACGCGCAGCCUUCGGGGCGUGAUGAGGGUGGGGUUGGUGGCCAAGGGGCUGCUGCUGAAGGGGGACCUCCACCUGGAGCUGGUGCUGCUCUGCAAGGACAAGCCCACCGCCUGUCUGCUGGGGAAGGUCGCCGACAACCUGACUACACAGCUCAGGGCCGUGACGGAGGACGCCUACAUUGUGACCCAGAACCUCCCGGAGGCCAGCAUCGUGAUCCAGAACACCAAGGCUCCACCCCUCAGCAUGACGGUCAACCUCACCUCGCCGCUGGUGCGCGAGAAGACGGAGAAGGGGGAAAAGGCGGAGAAGGGGGAGAAGGGGGACGUGGCCAUGGUGGAGGUGAAGGUGGAGGAGGGAGAGUCGCUCUCUGUCCCCGACCCAGCGGAUGCUCUGGACAGGCAGAAAUGCCUAACCGCCUUGGCGUCCCUCCGCCACGCCAAGUGGUUCCAGGCCCGCGCCAACGGGCUGCGCUCCUGCGUCAUCGUCAUCCGUAUCCUGAGGGACCUCUGCUCGCGCGUGCCCACCUGGGAGCCUCUGCAAGGCUGGCCCCUGGAGCUGCUGUGUGAGAAGGCGAUUGGCACCGGGAACCGACCAAUGGGAGCGGGCGAGGCAUUGCGCAGGGUUCUAGAAUGCCUGGCCUCUGGCAUCCUCAUGUCGGGUAUGCAUCACGCAGACGGCGCGGGGAUCUGUGACCCGUGUGAGAAGGAGCUGACCGACGCCAUCGGCCACCUGGAUAUGCAGCAGAGAGAAGACAUCACGCAGAGCGCACAGCACGCCUUGAGGCUGGCGGCCUUCGGUCAGAUCCACAAGGUACUGGGGAUGGACCCCCUGCCCUCCAAGAUGCCCAAGAAACCCAGAACUGAGAUCCCCAUCGACUAUACAGUCCAAAUCCCCCCCAGCACCACCUACGCUCCGCCCAUGAAGCGGCCGAUGGAGGAGGAGGAGGGAGCGGAGGACAAGAGCCCCAACAAGAAGAAGAAGAAGCUGCAGAAGAAGACGGCGCCCGAGGACAAGGCAGACCCCCCCCAGACCAUGAACGCCCUGAUGCGGCUGAACCAGCUGAAGCCGGGGCUGCAGUACCGGCUGCUGUCCCAGACAGGCCCGGUGCACGUGCCCGUGUUCACCAUGAGCGUGGAGGUGGACGGACGUGCCUUCGAGGCGUCCGGCCCCUCCAAGCGCACCGCCAAGCUGCACGUCGCCGUCAAGGUGCUGCAGUUCAUGGGUCUCCCCACGGGGGUGGACCUGAAGACGGAGCCCGCGGCCAAGCCCCCGCCCGAGGCCCCGGCCCCCGUGCUGCUCGCCCCUGUUGAGGUCAAGCCGGUGCUGGUCCCCGUGGAGGCCCCCACGCCCGCUGGGGGGCCCGCCGGCUCAGGAGCCGUGCCCGCAGCAGACACCACGGACGCUCCUGAGGGAGCCCGUCACCAGGGCCCCAUCCUCACCAAGCACGGGAAGAACCCGGUGAUGGAGCUGAACGAGAAGCGGCGCGGCCUGCGCUACGAGCUGAUCUCGGAGACGGGCGGCUCCCACGACAAGCGCUUCGUGAUGGAGGUUGAGAUCGACGGGCAGAAGUUCAGGGGGACCGGCUCCAACAAGAAGGUGGCCAAGGCCUACGCCGCCCUGGACGCCCUGGAGCGGCUGUUCCCCGAGGGCGUCGCCAGCGAGGCCGCUAAGAAGAAAAAGGGGCCGGCGGCCGGGCAGCCCCGGAACACAGCAGGCUUCGGGAUGAUGGGCGGGGCCUCUGGGGCUGACACGGCCACGCCCAGGGGGCGGGGCAGAGCUGGGCGAGGCCGAGGAAGGGGGAGGGGCUUCAAUAACGGAGGAGGCUACUCCCAAGGAGGUGGCUUCGGGACGUACGGCUAUGGAAACAACGGCGUCUCCGGAUACAACUACUACAACUCCAACGGUGGAGCCGGGCCCCCAGGCGUCCCGUCGGGCGGCCCCCCGACCAAUGCCCCCGCCGGCCCGGCCCCGGGCCCCGUUGGGGGACCCUCCUACGGUUCCUACUACCAGAACGACCCCGCCUACGCAGCCGUCUCCCCCGGCCCCAAGCCCCCAAACAAGAAGGGCCCCAUGCACCCGGGGGCAAAGGCCCACUUCCCGGGGGCCCUCAGCGGAGGGGGCCCCCCGGGGGUGCACCCCCCAGGGGUCCCAGCGGGGCCCGGGGUCUACAGCCAGUACAGCCAGGGCUACGGGACGGGCAAGAAGAACUUCGCCCAGCCGCAGGGCGGGGCGGGGGGGUACCCUUACAGCACCGCCUACCCCAGUCAGGUGACCGGCGGGGGCGUGGCCGGUAACCAAGACUACGGCUACGAAGGAUACAGCGACCAGUCCAGCUACGCCACACAGGGCGCUGGGAACCAGCAGUCCCAGUACCACAACCCAGCCGGCUACGGGCGAGGCGACCCCAGUAUGAACUACCAGUACAGAUAGACUCCGACCCCCCCCCCUCCUGGUUCAGCAGCAGCAUCCUCCUCCUCCUCUUCAUCACUCUCCUCUUCCAGCCUUUUCCGAAGAACGGGAUGUAAUGGCGGACGGUACAUUGUGUUGUGUGGAGAAGCCGUCGCCCGUGGUGAGGAACAGACUUCAGACUCCUGAGGUCUGAGGACUCUUGUGCGGCAAUGGCGUUGAUGGGCGUGUUCUCUGGUUCCCUGCUCCUGUGUUUGGCUCCUCCUAUGUUAAUCUUUCUUUGUAAAAAUCCCGCCAUUCCUCCCUGGUGUUUCAUUAUAAAAGAAUGCUUUCAGUUUCUAAUCUGAUUUCUUCAGUUGGUUUAGGACGGGGUUUGUUUUAGUUCUGGGGUGAAACCAAGAAGGACCACCUUGACCACUUAGUUCUGAACUACUGAGUUUUUGAUUGACAGAUUUCAGAUUGAUAUUUUUCUUAAACGACACAUUAGGCUUCUGAACAGCUUGUUAUUUUUUAUUGCUUGUAAUUUUUGCUUCGUUUUGUAAUAUUUACCUCAUUCAAUGUAGUAAUUUUAACAAAUAGUUCUGAGAAUUAAUGGAAUUGUCCUUUGAGUCUAAGUGUCCCACCAGUGUAAGCUUGGAUGGUGUCUGUUGACAGUGUAAGAUAUUGGGUGUACCAAUAAAGAUGUUUUAUUUUGAAAGCCUAA